AUGAGCUCUAAUGAAAAGAAUUACGGGCCCUUCAGAUACUCAGGAAGAAGGAAAGACAGGGGCUCUCCCCUGGACUAUACUGGCAGGAGGACUGCUCAUUAUGAGCAUAGUGGGCGUGCGAUUCUGCCUUCAAGAGCCCGCGGUGAUGGUGGAAAUCUGGAGACGAGAGCUGUUCUCUGGAACCCAUCAGUAAGACACAAACCUUAUGCUGGGCGACGUAAGAGUAGGGAGGAAGAGCAUGCAGAGGACCAAAUCCAUGUCACAGUGUGGAGAGACGACAAAUUUCAUAAGAGAGAAGUAGGGCAGUGCCCAGAAGAUGAAACACUGGGGAGCUGGUUCAAGAUCACGAUUCCAUGUGGGAGAAAGUAUGACAAGACACAUCUAAUGAAUUCAGUUCACAGCCUUUGCAGCGUGCCCUUCACACCAGUGGAUUUCCAUUGUGACAAACACCGGAUCCAGUUCUUUGUCCAGGAUGCUAGCAUUGCCUCUGCAUUGAAGGAUAUCAGCUACAAGAUAUGUAGUGAGGACUUUCAGAAGAUACCUAUUUUUGUCAAUACCUCAGUUGCACCCUACUCUGUGCAGAAUAAGCUCACAAGAGAACAAAUGGAGCAGCUGAAGCUGACCAUGAGGAAAAGAUAUGAUGUUUCCCAGCAUGCUCUGUGCCUCAAAAAGCUUCGCUUUGACCCAGACUUGGUGAAUCACAACAUAGACAUGAUUCUGAAUCGAAGAAGCUGCAUGGCUGCCACCCUUCAGAUCAUCCAAGAGGAUUUUCCUGAGCUGUUAUCCUUGAACUUGAGCAGCAACAAACUGUUCCAGUUAGAUAGCCUGUUUGAUGUGGUAAAGAUGGCACCUCAACUCAAGAUCCUGAACCUCUCCAAAAACAUGCUAAGAACAGCAUGGGAGUUGGAGAAGAUGAAAGGGCUGAAGCUAGAACAGCUAUGGCUAGAAGGGAAUCCCUUGUGCAGCACUUUCCGAGACUAUUCUUCCUAUGUAAGUGCAGUCCUGGAUUGUUUUCCAGAGUUGUCAUGCCUGGAUGGCAGGAAAUUAUCACCCCCAACUGUAAUGGACAGUGGAGAACACCAGUUAACGAAGCCCUGCAAGGACAUCUUUAAGGGUUCUGAGGUGAUCAAGAAUCAAGUAGAGCAAUUCCUGCAAGAGUAUUACUUGAUCUACGACUCUGAAGAGCGACAGGAUCUCCUGAACAUUUAUCAUGACCAGGCCUGCUUCUCCCUGACCAUUCCCUUCAACCCCAGUGAUCCAGAUCUGAAUAGCAUGUGUGGGUACUUCAAGGAUGAAAAGGAUAUGAAGAAUUCCAAGGAGCUCCACGUUCAGAGGCAGCUGCUGAAGUACACAAAACAAGACAUUGUGGACUAUCUGAGGGCGUUGCCCAAAACCGUGCAUGCCUUCAGCUCUUUCCAAGUGAACAUCUGUUUCCAGAUGGAAACAACACUCUGCUUCUCUGUUAGUGGGUUGUUCAAGGAAGUGGAGGACAGCUCCAAGGAAUGUAUUCGUGCCUUCAUGAGGAUCUUCAUUGCUAUCCAUGGCAAGAGUUCAAACCUCUGUAUUGUGAAUGACCAACUUUUUGUGAGGAAUCCAAGCCCUGAGGAGACCCAAGGUGCCUUUGCCACACCUUCGCCCACAUCAUGCUCCAGCGUCAAGCUUGUCCUUUCUCAAGAGCAGCAAAGAAUGGUGCAGGCUUUCUCCACCCAGUCGGGGAUGAAACUUGAAUGGGCUCAGAAGUGCCUUGAGGACAACAAGUGGGACUAUGGCAGAGCUGCUGAAGUCUUCACUAUGCUCCAGACCAAGAGCAAGAUCCCAAAGGAAUUCUUCAUCAAACAAAUGACUUAA